GUCUUGGAAGCAAAAGGAGGGGAAGCGCCAGUCCUUUUUCCUGAAUGCAAGCCCUCAGCGCUCUCCUACUCAAGCCUUAACCCGAUCCAACUCCACGACCUUCUUUCAGGAUCAGCCCAGGCUGACUAGGAGCUGUAGGGCAGCACUGAGUUGGUGUCCCUGAGCAAGGACCCUUAAGGGCCACAGUUUGGGCAAUGGGCCCUUGAAGUGCUCAGCCUCCCUUUGGGAGAUGCCAAUCACUGCUUUGGUCAAAAGUUGGCAUUGCUUUCAUCACAGGUCGACCCUCCUUCUUUGCUUUGUGAGGGUCCUGCAAGGAAGACCCUCCCCCCUCCCCCCCAGAUCUCCCACCCGGACAGGGUGUGGGCGAGGGAAGGCUGCAGUCAGGAAAGCCCCAUGGCCCAGGGGCCGAGGAACAUCACCUUCCAAGGCAAGGGGAACCUCUGGAGCUCAGUAUCUAGUCUCAGCUCCCCAGAUCAAUAAAAUAAAAUAAAAUAAAAAAUCCUGGAAGGCGAAUCAGCUGCCUUUCUGCCUCUUUUAAGAGAUGCCUCUUUCUCUUCGUUGUCUUGCAUCGCUGGCAGGAGGCUAUGCCAGCUGGUGAUUAUGUCAGCUGCAGUCCACCAGCCCCGCGGGGACCUCGCUUGGGAAGCAUGGGUCUGGAGCUUUACUUGAGACCAUCAAUUGCCAGCAAGGACCCUGCUCCCCUCCAUUGCCUGCUGGUCGAGGCACCGCAGGUUUUCACGUGCAUCCCCGUGCAGUUUCAGCAUCCCAGCCGGAGGACGUCCAGAGCAGUUGCCUUGGUGACGAUCUGGAGGCCGCCUAGUGCUACGAUGGCCAAAGACAACUCGGCUUUCUCUGCUUUGCCCAAGACCCCCAUCUCUGAGGGCAAAGCACCCCUUUCCUCACAGCCGGCUAAGUCGGCGGCCUUGCGGCGCCUGGGCGAGGGCCCUGAGAAGGCCGAGAAGAAGCGUGGGCGCCAACGCUACGUGGAGAAGGAUGGCAAGUGCAACGUCCAGCAUGGGAACGUGCGAGAGACCUACCGCUAUCUUACUGACAUCUUCACCACGCUGGUGGACCUGAAGUGGCGCUUCAGCCUGCUGGUCUUCAUCCUGGCCUACGCGGUCACCUGGCUCUUCUUCGGCCUCAUUUGGUGGUUCAUUGCCUACUGCCGAGGCGACCUGGACCACCUGGGGGACGACGCCUGGACCCCUUGUGUCAACAACCUCAAUGGCUUCGUCUCGGCCUUUCUCUUCUCCAUCGAGACCGAGACCACCAUUGGCUACGGGCACCGGGUCAUCACCGACAAGUGCCCCGAGGGCAUCGUGCUGCUCCUCCUCCAGGCCAUCCUGGGCUCCAUGGUGAACGCCUUCAUGGUGGGCUGCAUGUUCGUCAAGAUCUCCCAGCCCAACAAGCGGGCAGAGACGCUGGUGUUUUCCUCCCAUGCCGUCAUCUCGCUGCGGGAUGACCACCUCUGCCUCAUGUUCCGGGUGGGGGACCUGCGCAACUCCCACAUCGUGGAGGCCUCGAUCCGGGCCAAGCUGAUCAAGUCCAAGCAAACGCAAGAAGGGGAGUUCAUCCCCCUCAACCAGACGGACCUCAGUGUGGGCUUCGAGACGGGUGACGACCGCCUCUUCCUGGUCUCCCCGCUGAUCAUCAGCCAUGAGAUCAACGAGCACAGCCCCUUCUGGGAGGUGUCCAAGGAGCAGCUGCGGAAGGAUGAGUUUGAAGUCGUGGUCAUCCUGGAAGGAAUGGUGGAGGCCACAGGGAUGACGUGCCAAGCGCGGAGCUCCUACCUGGUGGACGAGGUCCUGUGGGGACAUCGCUUCAUGUCGGUCCUCACCUUGGAGGAUGGAUUUUACGAGGUGGAUUACAACAGCUUCCACCAGACCUUCGAGGUGCCCACCCCCAGCUGCAGUGCCCGGGAGAUGGCGGAGGCCGCAGCUCGCAUGGACGCCCACCUGUACUGGUCCAUCCCCAGCCGGCUGGAUGAGAAGGUGGAGGAGGGGACAGAGAAGGGGGACGCGGGGGACAAAGAGAGGAACGGGAACCUCACCAGCACCGAGAGCGAGUCCAAGGUCUAACAGGCCUCCGGACGGACAGAGCAAGCCAGGAGGCCUGGGUGGUGGCACAAGGCGGCCAGAGGGGGCAGGGGAGCCAUCUGGGCAAGCAAAGGUGCCCUCUGGCUGGUUUGGACCUUGGGGUUAUCAGCACAGACUGCAAAAGAGAGACUCAACCGGGCAGCUGUUCUUGAAAGUGCCCGUGUGCAGGGAAGGCAGCAACUGGAGCCAUGAGGAGGCAACGUGGAACUGGAAACCAUAUUCAGUGGGGGUCCAGACCCACUGCUAGGAAAGACGAGGCCCUUGGGACGGCAGUGGGGCCCCAAAGAUGUGCCCCUGUGGCUUUCUCAGCAGUGAGACCGAGGGGGCUUUGGCCUUUCCUGAUUCCUAGGCUUCCCAGCUGAGCCCCGAGUGCAGGUGGUCUCCCCUGCAAGUCCUAGCCGGACCUGACCCUACUUAGCUUCCAGAGCUCAGAUGGGUGAAGAGACUCUCAGUGUGACAAACGAGCAGCCUGGGGCACCUGGGGGAUGACGAGGGAAGGUGUGACGAGGUGGCUGUAUGAACAAGGAGGCGGUGAAGACCACCAGUGAGGACCAUGAAUAAUCUGGCUGCUCUCCUUGCCCCACACACCUGCUCAGCUUCCCCCCCCCCUCCUGAGCAGACUAUGUUGUUUCAAAGCAGGCACAUUUUUGCACAAGGCAACUUUUUUUAUAAAAACACUGCAGAGUUCGUUUUGGGCAUGCCAAAGACCCCGGAGACCCCCAGAGGGGAUGUAGGGAGAGAUGUGACCCCAGCGCAAAGCCGCUUCGAUUAGCAAAUUUCUCCGCCCAGCAGACCCGGCAUGGCUGUUUCUCCCACAGGACAAGAAAAGGGGGGGGGGUAGCUUG